ACGGCAUUAUCCAAAGCUGCCUAUAAUGGUCACCAUAAUAUAGUUCAAUAUCUUAUAUCAAAAAAGGCUGACGUUCACCUGAAAGAUAAAGAUGGCUGGACGGCGUUACAUAAUGCAUGUGCCCGGGGAUAUUUAUCCAUUGCACGUUUGCUUGUUCAACAAGGAGCACGUGUCGAUGUCAAAAGCAAAAUGGGGCAUACUCCACUC